AUGGCAAGUAACCCCUGCGACGUGGGCGUCCUUGGCGCCGGAGUUGUCGGCCUGACUUCUGCUCUGUGUCUGAGUCGGAAAGGCUAUCGGGUUAGAGUGGUGGCAAAACACUUGCCCGGGGACAAAACACUCGAUUGGGCCAGUCCUUGGGCAGGUGCAGUGAUACUGCCCGCGUCGACUGAAGACGAGAGAGAUGUUCGGAUGCAGAAAGUGGCUUUCAACGAGUUUGGAGCAUUGGCAAAGCAAGGCAGUGAAACAGGUGUGCAGGCGGUCCAAGCGACAGAGUACUGGGAUGACCGGCAGACAGUGGACAGACCUUGGUAUGCGGACCAUCUCCCUGGAUUUCGAAGUCUGGACAAACAUGAACUCGCGCCUGGCACACUCUGCGGCAACACGUUCAGGGCGCUCGCCGUCGAUCCAGAUGUUUAUUUGCCCUGGCUCAUGGCGCAGCUCCAAACAAGGUAUGGUGUUGAGUUUGUGCAGCGGGAAGUGACCGGGCUUGAACAAGCUCGUGGGCUCCUGAAAUGUCGAAUCGUCGUCAAUGCUUCCGGCAACGGCGCGAGAGCGUUAGCUUGCGAUCGAGAAGCCAUUCCUAUCCGUGGUCAGACGAUGCUUGUGCAUGCUGGCGGCUGCUCAACGGCAAACCGAGCUUUCUCCGAAAUCAGAGUCAGAAGAGGCAGAGAAUACACAUAUGUCAUACCCAGGAUUGCGGCUCCAGACACGGCAAUCAUCGGUGGCAUCGAACAGCCCGGAGACCUCACGACCACUGUUGAUCAGGAGCUGCGGAAGGAUAUCCUCCGUAGGACGAAUGAAAUGACGGGCGGAGCACUGCGGAAUGUCGACUUGGUGCGGGAUGUUGUACGGGAUGUGGUCGGGUUCAGACCGGGACGUGCAUCUGGGUUCCGAAUAGAGCGGGAAGGCAAGGUGGUGCACGCUUAUGGCUUCGGCGGGACGGGGUAUCGGUAUAGCUAUGGAGCUGCGGAGGAAGUGAUGAGGUUGGUUGAGGUGGUCACAGACUGCAAGCCACGAUUGUAA